GCAGAAGAGGAAACAGACUCUGCUCCUCUCCCCACAGAGAUGGCUGGUGGUCGCCUUCGCCGCCUGAGCUGCUUGUCCACGUACACCAUCGGGCUGCUUCUAGGGGUCUUCCUCCACAAUGUGGCGGCUUCUGGAGGAAAACAAGUUAUUCAUAAAAAAGUUGGAGACUCUGUGGAGAUUUCCUCAAAUUUACCAACUGAAGGAGUAAGCAGGGCAGUAUGGAAAUAUGGAGACUCAAAGGUUGCAGACCAAAGUUUAGAUGUUAUAGAAAACAAUCCCUUUCAGGCCAGAAUGCAGUUCAAUAAUGUGAACUUUAGUUUAACAAUAAGAGACCUGACCCUGCAAGAUUCUGGUGAUUUCAGUUUUAUCUCAUCAGCCAAUGACAAACAAAGACCUACAGUCUUCAUCACUCUGGAAGUUCACGAGCCGAUAUCUAAGAAGCCCGACCUGAAUUCUACCAUCAGUAAACCCGACUCAAAGGGAGUCUGUACAGUUUACCUGGAAUGCAGAGCAGCUUCUCACAGCAACAUCAGCUACACCUGGACUGUAGGAAAGGAAACCUAUGAAGGUCACAGGCUUGAACACAAAAUCACUUUACAAGAUGGAGACACAACAUUCACCUGCACUGCCUCUAACGUCGUCAGUGAGAUGUCAGCGAAAGAAACAGUGACGUGUAGAAACAACACUGAUCUCGUCCCUUCUGAAGGUAAAUUCCCCCUUCAGUGGAUUCUCGGUGUAGCAGGAGGAGGCUUGCUGUUAAUUAUUAUUAUAAUCAUAGCAAGCGUUUGUCUCUCCAAAAGAAGAUGGUCUGGAGGCAGCGAUUCAAACGAACUCACGGUAUAUGCUGAUAUCUCGGAUUUCUCCCCUGAAGUUAGCACCUCAGCUGAUUCAAAGCCCUGCUCCCUGUAUGACACAAUCGAAAACAAAGCCCGACCAGGUCAAACAAUGCCUCAGACGAUCUACGACAAGAUCCAGAUUGAACGCAUGAGGAAGGCUUCGGUGUCUCCCUACCAGGAGGUUUCCUAGAUGCUCUGAACUUUGAUCUGCUGGAACUUUUGAUGCACCUCAAAAAAAAACAGUUGGAUUUAAUGGAGAUGCAAUGAGAGACUCGUUCCAAGACCUCCUGACAUGUUUAACCAUGUUGAGAUUGUGGGUGAUUUUGCGGCAAAGAUGUGUUGUUGUUUUUUAAUUACACGUCUGUUGCCCAUGUAUGACUUUGAAAGCCCCUUCAGACCUGGAAUGAGCAUGUCUCCUGGCUGAUUAAGAUGGAAAGUCCCUUGCAAAAGUAUUCAUACACCUUGAACUUUUACACAUUUUGUCACAUUACAACUUCAGACUUGUAAUGUAUUGGGUCUUUAUGUGAUGAACCCGUUUCAAAGUAGUUCAUAACUGUGAAGUGAAAGCAAUUAAUAAAGGGUUUUCAAAGUUCUUUUUAUAAACAAAGUUUUAAAACAUUGCCAUACAUUAGUAUUCAUCUCCCAUGAGUUUUUAAUGAAAUCACAGGCAGCUUUACAAUGUGACUUCUGAAGCUAAUUGGUUGCACUGGAUUUUAUUUUGAGCCGUUAUAAAUACACAUGCAUGGCAAAGAUUUCAGGUUUUUCUGUUGUAAAAUGCAUUCUUUGCAUCAUUUUUAGUUGGUCUAUUCAUACAAAAAUCCAAUACGAUAGCACACAUUUAACAUUUUGUUGUCUGGCAAAAGUUAAUUUAAUCAAUGUGGUGUGAAUACUUCAUGUAUUAAAAUAGAAACUGCAUGAUUAAAUCACAUCACUGGUUUUUCCAGAAAAACAACAACAAUAAAGCAUUUGUAGCCAUAUCUCACAGCAGGUUGUCAACAACCCCACCUGCAGGUCUGCUGGUGAUACAGUAAAAUCACUGGACUGUGAUAUUAUCCAGGUAUUCACACUGCCAUAGCAGACACCACAGCAGACACAAAGGAGAAUGUAUAGCAUCUGCCGCUCUACACACCUUAUUAUGAAUACAGUACAGUGUAGAAAUUAAAGUGGCAGUUGGGACAUUUUCCUAAAUGGUAACAACUGUUGACACAAUCAGCUUCAAAGACCUCACAAAGAUUGCACUACAGAGAAGCCUCAGAAAAUGGGGAGAAUUUCAAAAAUGAUCAUUUUAAAAUAUCCCCACAUGACUGUUUAAUCAUUUUAAUUUAACUGAAAAUAGAGCCGGAUCUGUACAACACUUUAUUGCCAGUUAUCCGUCCAGGUACUAACUCCUCUGCUUGAAGGGGGUCAUGUCAGGUCAGCAAGGAGUCCUUCAGUGAGCCUUAGAAUGCUAAACUAAUACAAAUAAAGGGGGAAGGUGGUCUGAUAAAACUUUUCUGGCCUCGUUCAUGGCAGUAUUUACCGCUGUCAGGACGUGAUCGGAUCGCCCAGGUAUUAUGCUUGUGCCAGGUCUGACCGAGGUCUCAGAAAAUGGUGGACAAUGCAAGCAAUACAUUUUGAUAAGGUUUGUUUUUUUAAAAACAUUCGUCACAACAUAAUGUUUAUCAUAUUUCCUUAAAAUAUAACAAAAUCUGUUGAUUCUCCUUCUACUUUGGCGCAUCAGAGAGUGUAAGAAGGUAAAACGAACAAAGACUUAGUCAACAAGUCACUGAACAAUGGAUUACGUGUAUACUAUUUAGCAAAGAUUUUGUUUGAUAAAACCUAAUUUACAGCCAACGAUCAACAAAAUAUUGAAAGUUGAUGUUUAUUGUCCCAUUUUAUUCAUGCUUUUUUAUAAACUUAAGCUUGUAUGUGUAUUACUUCCUGUUUUUAAAUGUGCCUCUGGGAUUUGUAACUUAUCUUGUAAUUUUAUUGUACAUUUUGUAAAUAUGUAGAUAUUAUAAAGACAAAUUGUUAUUCCCCGUUGUAUAUGUCAGUUUAGUGUGUAAUAUAUUAUUUGUCUUAUU